CUUGCGCAGGGGCCAAUGAGAGGCGCGCCUUUGCCUCACGUGGGAGCCGCCAUUAAUGGCCAAUGGGCGCGCGCGGCAAAGGGCGAAGGGCAGGCCGGCGCUACCGUAGACGCCAGGGACGCUCACUCGCUCCCUCCCUCCCUUCGACGCUCAAAAGAAACCAAGAAAGAAACAAACAGGAGUAACUUGUUCAGUAACUACCAAGUGGCAAAUCAAAUGAUGUUGUUUGGAAAAGUUCCCCGGCAGUUGUGUGCCUUAAAGAAACUCCCAUGGUCACGUGACUCCAGAUAUUUCUGGGGCUGGCUGAAUGCAGUGUUUAAUAAAGUGGAUCAUGAACGCAUCAGGGAUGUGGGCCCUGACAGGGCGGCAUCUGAGUGGCUGCUGCGCUGUGGGGCCAUGGUGCGCUACCAUGGCCAAGAGAGGUGGCAGAAGGACUACAACCACCUCCCAACAGGCCCUCUGGACAAGUACAAGAUUCAGGCGAUUGAUGCCACUGAUUCUUGUAUUAUGAGCAUUGGAUUUGAUCACAUGGAAGGCCUGCAAUAUGUUGAAAAAAUAAGGUUCUGCAAGUGUCACUAUAUUGAGGAUUACUGUUUGGAAAGACUUAGUCAAAUUGAAAAUUUACAAAAAAGCAUGCUGGAAAUGGAAAUAAUUUCAUGUGGAAAUAUCACAGACAAAGGUAUCAUUGCUUUGCAUCAUUUAAGAAACCUCAAGUAUUUGUUUUUAAGUGAUCUUCCUGGAGUAAAAGAAAAAGAAAAAAUUGUCCAAGCCUUUAAGACAUCACUGCCUUCUCUGGAACUAAAAUUAGACUUGAAGUAAAAUAAUAAUAUUCAAUAAGUGUCUUAUUUCAAUAUAAAAUAUCGUUUUAAAUUGUUGAUCCUAACAGCAACAAAUAUGUAAUCAUUAACAAAAUUAUAAGGAUACUGUAUCUUGACACUCUAGAAGCAGUCCAUCAUGUAGAAAAUAAACAUUCAGAUGUGAUUCACUGAAGUUACUAAGUUGGAAGUAAGAAUUUAUGUUUAUUAAACCAUUUUAAUAAUGCCAACCAGGUACCAUUCUAAUUCUAAUAUUUUCCUUAUUUUAUAUCAAUAUCUAUAUUGAUCUCUCUUGAUGCAGAUACUUAAGAGUUCUUUAAAAUGAUUUAAAUGUACAACACAGUCAUUAUUUUUAACAGUAAUUAAUGUUACAUUUUACUUUAAAGUUAGUGAAGCAUGUUACUGUAAUAGUACAGUUAUGAAAAGGUGAAAGCUAAAUUUCAAAUUCAUUGAUAGCGUCAAUUAUGAAAAGUAGCCAGAGGAUUCUUGGGCAUUCCUAUUGCUUUCCUGGAUUUGCGUGCAUUUCUUAUGAUCCCGCAUUCUUAUGUUCUUUAUAACAUACAUACUUUCUCUGAAUGAACAGUUUCUAUUUUGUAAGCUUAGUCCGGUAUGUUAUUAAAACUGGACAAUAAAUACUUAGCUGGAUUUAAAUAGCUUUGCUGACUGCAAUAGAACAGAGGAAACGAUGAAGGCCAGCACAGCUAUACUCACUUUUUGCUGUAUAUUUAAAAAUUUCUUUAAACAGAAAAGUUGUUUAACCUGUUUUCCCUCCUAGAUGUUGGAUAUUACUUCCCAUGAGCUCAAGGGAUAUCAUGAGGAAGUAUAAGCACAAAACUCACUUUACGUUUAGAGAGCACUGAUAAAGAAUAUCGUAAACAGAUAAAAAAACAAACAAACAAACAAAAAACAGAUGUUUGUUUUUGGCCUGCUUAAAACAGCCCUGAUUUGGAAUUACCAUUGUGGCUUAGUGGAAACAAAUCUGACUAGUACCCAUGAGGAUGAAGGUUCGAUCUCUGGCCUCGUUCAGUGGGUUAAGGAUCUGGCGUUGCCAUGAGCUAUGAUGUACGCUGCAGAUAGGGCUCAGCUCUGGCAUUGCUACACCUCUGGUGUAGGCUGGUGGCUAUAGCUCCGAUUUGACCCCUAGCCUGGGAACCUCCAUAUGCCACAGGUUCGGCCCUAAAAAGACAAAAAUAAAUAAAUAAAAUAAAAAUUUAAAAGGGCCCUAAUUCUAUUAAUGUUAGUUACAUGCAAAACCUGCUUGUAGAUUUCUGUAUGUUUGGUUUGAAGAUCAAUGUAUUGCAAUAUAACCUUAAUGGAAAUAAUUUAAAAAUAAACACUUUCUGUGAUGUAA